AUGGUUUUCAAGCCCUUCAAAUUGUUGACCCAUCAUGGCAGCAGACCAAGUACAUCUCCUGGGCUUGCAGUUCAGCUGGAGAAUGAUUACCCAUAUCGACCUUUGCAGCCAAGAUCAAAGCAGAUCCGUCUCUUCAAGCUUCUACCUUCCCAAACGAUUGUUCAGGAAGACUCAGACUCAGGUACUGAGCAACUCUCGCCAAAGAUUCGAGGCAACAUCGUCCACGCCUGUUUGGAUCAGCAGUGCCCUGAGUUCGAGGCGCUGUCUUACGAAUGGGGACCUCAAACACCUUCCUCGACGAUUUUAAUUGAUGAUACGCCAUUCGAAAUUGGCCCGAACCUCGCGGCAGCUCUCGCAACCCUUCAGCAGUCCGAGAAUGAGCGUCUCCUCUGGAUCGACGCUGUUUGCAUUAACCAGCGCGAUUCGAGCGAGCGUGGUCAUCAGGUCGCCAUAAUGAGAGAUAUCUAUGCGACCUGCGACCACGUACUAACAUGGCUGGGACCUCUCUCAUCCACAGAUCUUGAAGCCACGUUAUUUUUUGACGAGGCAGCGCAGCAGCCUGACCUUGUGGAGUGGAUGAAACGUACCAUCGGCCUCGAAACCCGCAAGCCGACGUGGGAGGCCAUCCAGGGCCUUCUGAACAAAUCCUACUGGGAGCGGAUAUGGAUAGUGCAAGAGCUCGUCUGUGCUUCGUCCAUCCAAGUCCUCUGUGGUCACUGCAGCCUGCAAUGGCAAAUUCUUUUGGCCGCAGACAGUUUUUGGUUGAACCAGAAGCUUUACAAGCCCGAUCUGAGUGACUGGCUGGUGCGGGAGGCACAGCCCGAAACUCCCUGGUAUGAAGAUCUCAAGGCUUUCCUGCUCCCUAUCCUGACCCUGACUGCCGUUUGGGCACCGGCAGUCAUUCGAUCACAGGCGGUACCUGCAUUACAGUUCUCCAAGAAGUCUGCGGGUCCGACCUAUAUCGAGACCAGCCGCCUCGCAAGGAGUCUGCGACAGGGACAGAAGUCACUCUUUGAGCUCAUGUGCCUGCACUCGACAUCCGAGGCAACCGACCCGCGAGACAAGAUCUGGGCACUGGUCGGCAUCGCGGCGGACGCGCAGAUUGACUCAUUGACGGUCGAUUACGCCUUAUCAGUCUGCAAAACCGAAAUGUCGUUUGUCGAGUUUAUGCUGCAGACCGUAAAGAGCUUGGACUUUCUGUGCUUUCCCCUGCGCUGUCUGCCUCGACUCUCGCGAGACGCUGCGAGAGCUAACGACACGUUCUUCAUGCAAAUGGGUAUGGGCUUGAGGCCAGGAGCGCACGCCGUCAAAUUCGCCGCUGCCGGAAACACGUGGCCAGAGGUCCGCACCUGUUCUCUCCCUGAGGCCUUGGGUGUUGGUUACAGCCACCUGAAAAUCCAAGGCGUUGCCGUCGACGAGAUCGCAGCUCUCCUAGAAGACCUGACCGACCUCGCAACUGUCGACACGUUCCCACUCCUUCGUCGCAUUCCCAUUCUCAAUCGAUCCAACAUCAUCGCCCUCGCGGUUUCAAGCAUCGUUGCAAUCGUACGCGGUACGGUCUUAGUUCUGGGGGCGGCCAUAUAUAUCGCCAUGUUCAGCUGCCUAGCCUGGGUAUGUUGUGGCAUUUUUGCACCGGAAUGGGCCGAAAGAUGGGACUCGACACCGCACGAUGUCAAACACUGGACUUCGUUCAAGAGCCUAAGGUUUACCCCCACGGACGCGUCCUUUCGACCGCCCCCUCGGGAGUCGUCCGACUGGUUGGGAGAACGGCAUCUGAUUGAGCUGUCGGUGAAAAUCCAACAGUUCCUCGAUUUUGCGCUCCGCUCCUCGACGUCCAGUCCGGAAGUUCCUGCCCGCAACGUGACUCGAGAAGAGAGAGUGUCGUCGCUCUAUCGAACUCUCGUCGGAAAUCGUACACUCGAUGGAACUCUGCUACCGCCUGAAUGGAGGCGAAUGUUCGAUGUCCUCGUGUACGGCCCCGCGCACAUGCCGGAAGGAUUCGACGUCGAUUUCCAAGAGCGACACGCCGACCAGUCGAUAACGGGACCGGCGGAACCUCCAGCAGCUCUGACCCGAGGAGGCGCCUCGGCGGGAGAAGUGCGAUCACGAGCAUACGUGCAACCUCUCCUUGAGGCCAUCAGACACACUUUGUCGACUGCCAAACCCUUCAUUACGCGGAAAGGUCUGUUGGGGCUGACCAAUCGUGGUCGCCGGGGGGACACCGUCGCCGUCCUGCUCGGCUGCAGCUUCUUGUGUGUGCUUGGGAAACCCAAGCUCAAACCGAGAAAGCUCCGCAAACGCAACCACAGGCGGCAUCGACGGCCACGGGAUUAUGAGAUGUAUCCUCCACCGAUGCGUGCGUGGAGAGAGAACGGAGUGGUCCUGCGCGGGACGGCGUACUUGGAUGGCUACAUGGAAGGGCAAGCGAUCCGAGAACUCGAUCGAGGGGACAGGACAUUGACAGACUUCAAAUUGAUCUAG